UUAUAAUCAUAAUUUUCUUGUCGUGUGUGCGUAAAUUUAGGAAAGAAGCAGGUUAAAAGUAGAUGUUAGAUACAGUAAUAUAGGAAAAUUUUUUUUAGAAAGAUUUCCUUGAUAAUAUCAGUAUUAGCAUUAUUGCUAAAUUAUGCACACACACUCGUAAGUAUGUGGUAAAUGAGCUUAAACUACCGCAAAGUACGAAAGUAUGCAUUUAAAUAUUUUUACUUAAAAUUUCAUCGCAUACGUUGAUUAACUUGACAGAUUGGUUUUAAGAAUGUUUUUAACAAAGGAUAUUUUGUCACCUGUUCAACUUAAACGCUUGAGCGACCAUCGAUACAGUUCGUCAGGCCGAACAUUACUGGAUCCUAUCGUUCAACCGUUUUGGAAUUGGCUUGUUUUAAAACUCCCUCUAUGGCUUUCUCCAAAUCUUAUGACCAUCAGUGGUCUUAUGAUAAAUAUAUUAACAUCUUUAAUAUUAAUAUGUUAUAGCCCUGAUGGAACACAAGAGGCUCCUCGAUGGGCAUUUAUAUUUUGUGCUGUAGGCCUUUUUAUUUAUCAGACAUUGGAUGCCUGUGAUGGAAAACAAGCUCGAAGAACAGGAACUAGUUCUCCUCUAGGGGAAUUAUUUGAUCAUGGUUGUGAUUCCCUUUCAACAGUCUUUGUCUCACUUGGAGUGUGCAUUGCUGUACAGUUAGGCAUGUUUCCUUCAUGGAUGUUUGUCCAGUGUUUUAUUGCUAUGACAUUAUUUUAUUCUGCUCAUUGGCAGACAUAUGUAUCCGGUACUCUUCGUUUUGGAAGAUUUGACGUGACAGAGGCUCAGUAUACAGUUAUGAUCAUACAUUUGAUAUCGGCUGUAUUUGGUCCUACUAUAUGGUCAAUGCAGAUUCCUUCACUAUAUAUAGAGAUAAAGUUUAUUCCACUUUUCAUGGGAAUAAUAGCUGCAUCGUUUGCUUUUUAUUCUAAUUUCACCGUGAUAUUUACUGGAGGAGCUGGUAAAAAUGGCUCAACAGUUGCAGGCACUAGUAUUCUAUCGCCAUUUAUUCCAUUGGCCCUGGUUGUUGUGCCAGCUUUUAUUAUCUACCAGAAAUCUACAACAAACAUCUAUGAACAUCAUCCAUGUCUGUAUAUUUUAGCUUUUGGAGUAGUAUGUUCAAAAAUAACCAAUAAAUUAGUGGUUGCACAUAUGACAAAAAGUGAGGUUGAAUAUUUAGAUUCAAUAUUUGUUGGUCCAGGAAUGCUUUUUCUUAAUCAGUACUUCAAUACAUUUUUCAAUGAAUAUAUAGUGCUUUGGUUGUGCUUGAUAUAUUCUACUGCUAAUCUUCUUCAUUACUGCACAAUAGUGUGCUUACAGAUAUGUGCUUAUUUGCAUAUUAACUUAUUUGUGAUAACUCCUCAAACUUCUCCAAUGGAUGAAAACUACAGUGGUAAUCAUUCAUUGUCAGCUCCUCUACUUCAGAGUGUUUCAAAUGAUGCCUCAUCUGAAACUUCAGACCUAAUUUCAAAUGCCCAGUCUCCAUCCUAUCAGCAUUCAUUCCUGGAGGAAGUAAUUUCUGUCAAUGAAGAAAAUCUGGAUGAUGAAAUACCUUAAAAGAGAGAGAAAGACAGAGAGAGAGGCGGAGAAAGAGAAAAAGAAUGUUUUCACAUGUUAAUCGUCCACUUGUAGUUGCUCUGUCCAUUAGCUGCAUAGCAUCUAGUUAAAUUGUUUUUAAUGUUUCAUGGAGCUGUGAUAGAAGGCUGGCCUUCUACCAUUGCCAUGGUGACACCUACAUUGUCCAUAGUGGUUAAAACAAUACACUUUUAUAAUUUAAUAUUAAAGACAUUUUAUUUUUAGCGGGAAAAAUAUCCACUAGGUAUAUCUAGUUUUGUUUCUAGAACAUUUCAAUAAUUUCAUUUCCAGAAAACAAAAUCUUUAAUAUAUUGUUUUACAGUUUUUUAAACUAUGUAAAUAUUUCAAAAGUAUUAUUUUUGUAACUACAUUUGAUAUCUGAAUCUCAUAUUUAAAAGAUUUCUAUGAAUCAAUGAAUUUUUUUUCCAUCAAGAAAUGCAUUUUGUUAACAUUUUUAUAGAAAAUGGAUUUUAGUUUUUAUAAUUUUACUCUAUGGAAUAAGAAAAAGUUUCAUUAUUGUAGUUUUUCUGUCAUUCUGUUCUUUAUUUUAGCUCGGUGAUUCUUAAAAAAAUGGUAUUUAGUCUUAAUCAUUCUUUUACAAAUAAAGAAUCAUUUCAUUACAUUAAAGUAUUUAUUAAAAUUAAUUCUUAUAGGUUAAAUAUCAGUGAUAACUAAUGUCCUUCAAAUUAUUUCAUGGAUUAUUUUUUCUUUGGCGAGAGCUAUUUUCUUUAAAUGAAUAUUAUGACUUUUAAAUAAAUGAUGUGAAUAUUUUUUUAGCCAAUAAUUGGUCACAAUAUUAUGGUUUCUCUGAAAGAAAGAUCCCCUUUGUUUUAUCAUUUUUACAUCGAAAAGGAAUUUUUUUUUUAUGUUCUGUUAAUUACUUACUUAUUGUAUGUCUAAAUAUUACUUAAUGCUUUUUUCUUUUCCUUGUUGUUUUUUAUAUGUGUAAUUGUUUAAAAUAGUUCAUUAAUUUUUUUUUGUUUGGUUUUAUCAACACAAUUUUAGGAAUCUUUUACCGAUUUUGAACCAUUUUCUUAAUGUAUUUACUGAAUUAUUUGGUGAUUAAAAUGAUAUGAUUUCAUUAAAUGGUUUGUGCAAAAUAAAUUGAAAAAUAACAUUAUUAUAGAUUUUGAACUUAGUUUCUUUAGUUCAAACUAAUUUAUUCAAAGUCAAAUGAAAAGUGCUUCAUCAGUUAAAUCAAUCUUUUAGUGUGCCAACGUUUGCUAUAUGAAACCUGAGCAAUCUACAGUUAUGCUUGAUAUAAAGGAUUGAAUGUGCUAUCAUUUUGUAAAUUUCCAUUUCUUAAAAUCAUUUGUAGUAUAUAUUACAAUUUAUUAAAAAAUCAAAUUAAAUUAUCGUGAUAAUUUGAAUAAAAAUAUAUUUCAAAUUAUCACAUUUUUAUAUUAAAACUUUCUGUAGAGCUUUUAGGUUGUGCUGUUUGGUCACAAUUUUUGUCUUAAUUUUUUUUGUAUUAAUCAUUGUUAAUGCUAGUUAUUACCUGUUUAUAAUUAUUAAUAAUGUUGUAUAUGAUAUUUAGAUGCAUUUUAGUUCAAGGUUGCUUAUUUAAGCAACUCUCCUAAAUUAUUUAUUGAUUGAUUCAAUUUAACUUAAAUGUAUUAUGAUUUUUUAAAACAUUCUUUUAUCAGGUGAACUUAACUAAGGGAAUAAUUUAUUAUCUUACUAUGUUAUUUUAUUGCUUUAAUAACAACUUUUUUGAAUUUUUUUUUUUGUUUGGUAAAAAGUUAGUUUAUUUCUGUUAUAUUUUGUUUUAAAAACUUUUUUCUUCUGAAAAUAAAAGAAUAAGGGAAACAAAUUUUGUUUUCUAACCAAAAAUAAAAUAAAAUAUUUAGAAAAUCAAUAACUUUGCAUGGAAAAAAAUGUUUUAAAAUUGCUCAGAGAUUAUUCUUUAGUUUUACAGUGUUUUAGAUCAAGUCAUUUCACAGUGGAAAGUAAUCUUGAAUUAGUGUAUAUUUUUAAUCAUUUAUUUGGCAUUUAUUUUUACUUAAAACUGCAUGAUUUUUAUUUUGAAUUCUAAUGCUAGUUUUUAUGGUAUUAAUGUGAUUUUUUUUUUAUAUAAUUUCAAAUUCAAUAUUUAAGAUUUUUUUAAUAUUAAAAUUUUGAUGUAAUGUUUCUAAGAAAUUAAUAACUACUUAACAUUAUAACAUACAUUUAGUAUAUUUAAAUUUUUGCUCGAUGAAGAAUUAAUAAUGUAUGCAUUUCUUUAUCUUCUAAGAUUUUAAGUUUUAUUCAUUGAAAGUGUUAAACUUUUCAGUCUGUAUUUCUUUUACCUGUAGCUUAAUAGUUUGUUGAAUAUACUAUUGUUGUGUGUUUGAACUAAAAAUUAUGAACUUGCUAAUUUAAAUGAACUAUAGAAAUGUAUAUAAGCUUUCUUCUGCUGUUGAUAUUUAUAUUUUUAAUUUUUCUCAAAUUAUUUUGAAAUUGAGUUGUAGAUGAACAUGAGUGCAAGUUCAUUAAAUCAUAAAAUAUUGUUUGGAAAUUAAAAAUUUGUAAACAAAUAUUUAUAUAUAUAAUACAAAUAAAAAUGUGGUAAGUAAAUUAUUUUAAACGUAGGAGUGGUGAGAUAAAAAUUAUGCAACAUAGUGAUAGUAAUUUUCUGAAAUUUAGUUCUCUUCAUGUGAUUGUGCUUAAGUGAUUGUAUUCCUUUUUUGCUUAGUGUUUGAUAGCUAGAUAUUUGAUGAAUAUGACUGGACUGUGUUUUGCAGAUACUUGAAAAAGUAUAUUCGUGUUAAUAGUGAAAGAAGUAGCAUCUCAUUUUUUGUGCUUUUUUUUUAUACCUUAUGUACAUUUAUUUAUGCUUUUUUUUAAAAAAAUAUGUAAUAGUUCUGUUAAUUUUAUUUAUAUUUGUUCUUGAAAAUAAAAAUUUAU